CCUCCUCCUCACUGAGGGAGGACGGCGGCGGCGGCGGCCGUGGAGGGGCGCGCGCUCCCGGGGCUUCUCGCCUGGUGCAGGCACAACACUGGCUCCGCUACGAGCAAGUCAGAGGAGGAGGAAGAAGAGGCGGAGAAGGCGCAGAAGGGAGCCGAGCCGCGCCAGCCGGCGCCAUGGAGGAGCUGAGCAGCGUGGGGGAGCAGGUCUUCGCCGCCGAGUGCAUCCUCAGCAAGCGGCUCCGCAAGGGCAAGCUGGAGUAUUUGGUGAAGUGGAGAGGCUGGUCUUCCAAGCACAACAGCUGGGAACCUGAAGAGAACAUUCUCGAUCCCAGGCUUCUCCUGGCCUUUCAGAAGAAGGAACAUGAGAAAGAGGUGCAGAAUCGGAAGAGAGGCAAGCGACCCAGAGGCAGACCUCGGAAAAAUGUCGAACCUGAGGUGCCUCCAAAGAGCAAAUCCAGCAGCUCUUCCUCCUCAACUUCCUCCUCAUCUUCCUCUUCUGAUGAAGAGGAUGAAAGUGACCUGGAGACAAAGAGAGGUCAGCGGAGCAGAGAGAGUCAUCCAGUGCCUCAAAAGAAAGCUCAAAUUCUUAUUGCUAAGCCAGAUAAUAAGGACCCCAUUAGGAAGAAGCGAGGGCGGAAACCUCUGCCUCCUGAGCAGAAAGUAGCAAAGAGGACUGUCAACAUAACAAAGGUGCUUAAAACAAAUCAGAAGGAGAUGGGAGGUGGUGGAGGAGGAGGAGGACCCAAGCUGAUGGGCAAGAUGCAGCCCCAACACAGUGCCCAGAGUUCGGGCAUCGCCAUGCUUAAAUCCCACAUGAAGGAAGCCCAAGGCGCGUUCAGCGGAUUUUGUUCCGGAGCCUCCACCACUGACAAUCUUUCCGGUAUUGUGAAGAACACCCCAUCUGGAAGCCCAAAUUGUGGCAUCAGCUGGCAAAGCUCCAUUGUGCAUUAUAUGAGUCGGAUGUCACAGAACCAGAGUGCGGCAGAUGCUGCUGCAGUGGGAAGGCUGACUCUCAAGUCAGCCAUGUCCUGCAAGAGCAGCCUUGGGCUGGACUUGAAACUGAAAAACCAGAAAGGUGCUGGCGAUCUGGAGUUGACUGUGCAAGGGUCCAAAGUGGCAAAGCGGCCCACUGGCAGUGCAUUAGGGGAACAGAAAACAGGGUAUGGUGCUGGUGUGCAGACCUUGCACAACGGCAACAAGGUUCCAGCUGGCUCUCCCAACAGCCAGCAAGCUUCCAGUCAGGAGAUCAAUCUCCAAGCUUUAAAUCUACAGAGUGUGAAAAAUGGGCCAAGCUCCACUGGUGGGAACAGCCUUCCUCGUCAUGGCUGCGGGACUGUGGCCAAAAGCGCCGGCGGCAGUCUAGUUACGAGCACAGGUGUGAGCAAAGGCAGUGGGCCAAACACUACAAACGCAGGGGCACUAUUAGCAGAUGCAGAUGCUCGCAAAAGUGAGAAGCCAUCGCAAAGAGCAGCCACAGGUGAAAGAGAUUUGGCAGCAAAAAGUGGUGCCCCAGGUUCACAGGAAGGAUGUCCCACUGCAGAAAAUCACAAGGCUUCAGCCCUGUCGGAAAUGAGCACUGGAGAUGAAGAGACUAGUUCCGAUUCAGACAGAGAUUCUGCUUCUUUCCCCGGGGCAGGCCAGAACAUGUCCGUCUCCAUCCAGACUAGCCAGGACUGGAAGCCCACUCGCAGCCUCAUCGAACACGUCUUUGUCACAGAUGUGACAGCAAACCUGAUCACGGUGACUGUCAAGGAAUCUCCAACCAGUGUUGGCUUUUUUAAUCUUAGACAUUACUAAUCUGUGGGGCAUAUAUUCCCCCUCAUCUCAUCUCAUCUCAUCUCAUCUCAUCUCAUCUCAUCUCAUCAUCAUCAGCUCUACCUGACUCUUGCCUUGGUUGCCAGAAGGGGAAACAACACCCAGCUGCUACCACCCUUUAUGAGCUGUAUGCCUAUUCAGCAGGAAUGCUCCACUGGGAAAUUCUGUAACUGUUGGCCAUGGUAGCUUUGGGCUUCUGCUCGUUCUAUGGAAACUCCAUGAUGCCUGUAAAAUUUCAGAAAGCCAAGUUGUUAUGCAGCUGCCAAAAAAAACCCCAGUAUGUAGGGGUGGGUUUUGGGACUCGGUCUCAUGAAGAUUUUGAAGUCAGCUAGUAUAAGGGAGGUUGAGUGGGAGCUACUCGCCCAGGUUUUACUGUACCUGGACAUCUUAGCUUUACGGCUUGAACUGGCAAGAACUGGGUAGCCAGUUGCUCAGUAACUGGGUUUGCAGGGGUGGGGUGGGGAUCCUUUAAACAAACCGGUAGUACAAUAACAUUGUGCUCUCCAAGGAAAGUGGUUCCUUAUUCUUCCACCAAACAAUCCAGAUCCGGCCUUCGGGAGCUUUUAGGAUAGUGAAACUCAAUCUAAACUUGAAAACAAAUAUUUUAAGAGCUCUGCAAAGGGACAUGUGAAAUAAUAUUGUUUACAUUUCCUUAAGUUUGCCUUGCUUUGGAAGCUGAAGGGGAUGGUCCAGAAAGGGCUAUUGUUCUCAGAGCUUAGGGGGCACGAUCUGAAAGCUGCAGGUGCUCCUGGGAGUGCACAGCUGAGUGGCUUCAGUGAAGCAUUGGCCCCCCAGAUGUGCCAGAGCUCUGGUAGCGCUUGCAGCUAGUGUACAGGAAGCCAUCUGGGAAGAAACAACAGUCUUGGAGAACCCCCAGACAAAGUCUGCUCUUUGCCACAGCUUGCUUCUUCACCCACUAAAUGCCAGCAGAUGCCACUAAAUGCCAGCCAUGUAAUUUAGGGAUACUUUGCAGAUGAGAUAGCUUCACAUGAAAAGCAGUUCUGUGUAAAUGGUCAAACAACUUGCAUUUACAUCAGGG